CAGAAAUCAGAAUUUCACAGACUCCGCCGCCCAGAGUCGUGCUCUUUUCAGGGGGUAAAACCGCGUUACAUAGAGAAUACUCGCUUUGUUUCACGAUUUGUUCCGGUAGGUUUGUGCGCUUUUUGCACAGACAAGCUCUGAAAAGGAGAAUGGAGUCGGAACAGGGCGGUUUCCCAUGGAUGACACCUCGUGAUGUUGCCUACCGUCAACGAUGGAAAGACGACUGCGACCGUGAGCAACGCACAAUGGACGACAUCACGGAGAAGGCACUCAAAGAACGGGAACAAUUGGACAGAGCCUCCAAUCACCUUCUCUUUGGCCGAAGCCCUCUGCGUGAUAGUUGGUACUUCCGACAGAGCAUCUACGCCGCGGCGAAAAUAGAUUAUUAUUCAGCCCCCUACCCAUCUUCAGUAUUACCUGGGCCCGAGGGCCUUCAAACGCCUGCCCUAUGCAAAUACAUCAUAUGCGACGCUACACACCCUGAUAUGGACACAUUCGACGGCGAUGCCAUUAGAGCCAUGGAUGACAUCUAUCAGGAACGCCUCCGAAUCGAAGAGAGUAAUCCCAAGCUUGUGAAAGCAAGAGCCGCCGCGCGAUGGGACUAUGAAGAGGCUGGAAUGCAAAGAGCAAUCAUGACGUUGGCAAUUUACGAGAAACAGAUCGAAGAGACCGGCACCUUUGAUGCGGAAGCAGCUUGGUCUCAGAUUAAGCCGCGCAGGCCUGCAUGGCUUCAAGAAAUGGCGGAUGAUUAUACAAGUGUAUUUGGGUUCGCGAUAUUCAAGUCAUCAAAGUUCAUGUCACGCCCGGAAAGUGCGUAUACACAGUGGCUUGGAGCCUUCGAUAGCACUGCUCCUUUAAAGGAUGGCUCUUUAACUGGCAUAUGCCGCGCUAGCGACACUAUUUUCGACGGCUUCUUAGUGAGACAUCAUGGAUACUUGCAAUGGGAAAAGGAAGCAGCCAAUGAGGAUGAUUCAGUAUCUAUGCGCGAAAAAUUCGCCACACUUGUACCUUCACUCAAAAGCAAGACGUCCAACGACACAUUCCUUGUCGUCACAGACAAUUGCGUUCCCCAUUCGCUAGACAACAACACUCUUAGGAUGACAUCCUACGUGCCCAAAAAGAGGGGAGAAAACGAGGUGCUUUUGCUAGAAAUAGAGCCUCUCUUUGUCUGGGCUUAUGAUGCUCACUGGUCGCCACCCGAGGCUGGUACGGCAUGCGACGAAGACGGCUAUGAAGGCCGAAUCAAGGUCGACGCACGUGUGAUUCUUUCUUGGUUUUACUAUGCCCGGGCAGUGAUGGGUCAUACAAUGAAAGACCUGUGGCGCAGGGCUCAAAAUGAGCCAGGCCAAAUCUGGACUGCAAAGACAAGCUUGGUUAAUUCGGGCUUACCUGUGGCUCUGAUUUAAAUAGAAUGGUAUUUCUAGAGAUGGAAUUUCAAGUUUAGACUAUAUAUAGUAUAAGCUACUUUGUUACAACUAGGUACAAAUUGCUACAAAUAAUUAAGAUUUAGUAGUAUAAUAAAAAUAGUCAAGUU